UAAUUUAAGACUCGUACUACGAUAAAGGCGUUGUUCAUGAAUAUUAAUGUAGUCACUAUGGCUCUUCUUUAAAACUUUCAUAUGUAUAAUUAAUAUUCAUGACCCAACCUAUGCGCCCGCUUCUAGCGUCUGCGUUAACUACAGUACGUAUUUAAUAUUCAUAAGAUAGUCCUUCGCCGUAGUAGGAUAGGCAAUUCGCGAAGCGUCUCAUGUGAGGUCCUCAGGCAGUCAGUGUGCGCCUCCCUUUGUGCCUCUACACUCAAGAUGGCUCCCGUUUUAGAGAAGAAGCUACUGGGCGCAGCCGGGACAGGCGACACUAUGGAAAACAGCAACGAGGAUGAUGAAGGACAAAACCUCUGGUCUUCAAUCCUCAGCGAAGUUUCCACACGCUCCAGCUCUAAAUUGCCUUCUGGGAAAAAUAUACUGCUUUUUGGGGAGGAUGGUUCAGGAAAGACAACACUCAUGUCAAAACUUCAAGGAGCCGAGCACAAUAAGAAAGGUAGAGGGCUGGAAUACUUGUACCUGAAUGUCCAGGAUGAAGACAGAGAUGAUUUGACUCGCUGCAGCGUUUGGAUCCUGGAUGGAGACCUGUACCACAAAGGCUUGCUGAAAUUUGCAGUGACUGCUGAGUCGCUGAAGGACAGUCUAGCGGUGUUCGUGGUGGACAUGUCACGGCCUUGGACCAUCAUGGAGUCAUUGCAGAAGUGGACGAGUGUGCUGCGUGAACACGUGGACAAACUGAAGAUCGCACCGGAGGAAAUUAAAGAGAUGGAGCAGAGUAUGGUUAAGGCCUUUCAGGAGUAUGUAGAACCAGAGGAAUCCACGCCGGCCUCACCCCUGAGACGAGCUCCAGCAGCUGGGGGAGAAGAUGAGAGUGUGCUGCUGCCCCUGGGAGACAACGUCCUCACACACAACCUGGGCAUUCCAGUGCUCAUAGUUUGCACAAAGGUAGCUGAAAGUGAUCAAAAUGGAGCUGGUUUGAUUUACACUUCAGUCAAAGAGGAGAAGAACCUGGACCUUCUCUACAAAUUCAUGGUGCACAAAAUAUAUGACUUCCAGUUUACUACGCCUGCCUUAGUAGUGGAGAAGGACGCUGUGUUCAUUCCAUCUGGAUGGGACAAUGACAAGAAAAUUGCCAUCUUGCAUGAAAACUUCACAACGGUUCGACCUGAAGAUCCCUUUGAGGAUUUUAUAACGAAACCUCCUGUACGAAAGUUGGUGCAUGACAAGGAAAUCAGUGCAGAGGAUGAGCAGGUCUUCCUCAUGAAGCAGCAGUCAAUGUUAGCCAAGCAGCCGGCCACACCAACAAGAGGAACAGAGUCUCCUGUCCGGUCUGCAUCUGGUUCACCCCGGCCGACAGGCCGGACAGGGCCCACCAAUGUGGCAAGUGUCUCACCCAUGACUGCGGUGAAGAAACCAGACCCCAACAUGAAAGGAGCAGCAGCAAAUGAGGGAGUGCUGGCCAACUUCUUCAACAGUCUGCUGAGUAAAAAGACAGGUGUGCCGGGCAGUCCUGGGACACCAGGGGCAGCAACAGGAACGGCAACAGGAACGGGCGUACAAGGCUCUGCCAAGAAAACAGGGCAGAAGCCGGGUUUGACUGACGUCCAGGCAGAACUGGACCGAAUGACUCGUAAACCCGACUCAACGGUAACGGCCAACAACACCCCUGCGACAGAGAACGAGGCAUGAGGGCGCCAACAGCAUUGCCCACUCUGGAAAUCAACAUGUAAUGACAUAAAGGAGAAAAAAAAAAGCUAUUCAUGACCAAAAUUCCCCCCACCUUGUGUGUCAAUCAGCAAACAGACCGCGGUUUACUGAAAGUGUUGGGAUUCUAUCAGAUGUAUAGGCUCUGAUGUUGUGGGGGAAAGAGAGGUAGAUAUUUGAAAAGAUGCAACUGCUUUUCUUUGUUUUCAUUUCCAGACCCCUUUCUAUGUAUGUUUGUUUGUUUAUUUGUGGUGAUUAAUUUUUGGUGUGGCAUUGGGCAGGUCAGGUGAUGGGUGCUCUGUCCUUACGGAGGCAGUCAAACCUCUGAAGUGUGGGGCCUUGCUUAGCUUGGGGAUACUUUAACAGCACCCAUUCUCCUCCUCCUGACAAGAGCAGAAACGCACUGCUGCAUUCAACGAGCAGUCGCUUCAAGUGUUGCAAUCAGCUACAGCUACUGCUAAAAGCCUAAAUAUAUUCAUUGAAAACAAGAAAUACUUGCAAAAAGUAUAUAGUGUGUACAAACAGUUAGAUUUAUGCUGAUGUAUUUAUAAAAAAGAAAGCAAAUCAAGCUUUUAUUUUUUUCUCUGUGUUUUAUCAGUGAGACGUUAAGCUUCACUUAACAUGGUUAACAUCACUGAUGUCAUGACACUAAUGACAAAUACCCAUUGGCCUUCAGCAUACAAGAAUGGCAGACGCUGCCACACCUCUUUGAAUUAUGUAAAUAUGCGCUAAAUAUUUGCUAUACGAACUUUGAUUUGAUUUUGUAUAAAAUUGAAUUAUUUUAACAAUUUAUGAAGAACUAUUUCAGAUGAAACAAGCUUUGAUGAGUAUCAGCUUUUUCUUUUGGCUAUGGUUGUUUUUGGAGGAGAGGGGCAGGGCAGCAUCUUUCCUAGUAUAACUCCCAAGUGCCUGUCAUAGUGGAGGUGCUUGACUCCAAAAAAGGAAUUGCACUGUAGCAUUAACAGUCAAUUUGUUUUGGUCCAGCUUCAUGUAAUUUAUUUUUGUUUGUUUUAUUUUGGAAAUGCAUGUCUGUGGUCAUUACUUUUUUGCUGCAAUUACACGUUUUGCUCACUUCAGUGGCCUAGAUUUUUGCUGCCAUAGGGAGCUUGCCUUUCUUUUUGCGAAUGUCAGCGUCCACAUAAAACGUGUUUAGCGGGACAUUUCGUCCCACCUCCCAGUUGGAAAUUGUGGCUUAAGCCACUGGCGCCAUUCUCAUGUGGCCAAGUGAUAGACUGUAAGUCGUGUCUUUUGUUAGUCCUUACAAAUGAGAUCUCAGAUUUUUUGUUAUAUGUUACCUGAAGACUGUAAAGUGAUUUACGUAAAACAUUCCCGAUUUCUGUAGAUGACCCUGUAGGCGACGCAUGUUUGUUUCGUGUGCCCUGCCUCAGUGCCCACUGGAAGUGACGACUUUGCCUUCAGUGUAGCGUUCACUGUUGUCACUCUACAUGCUCUGUCUCUUCACUCAGGGUAGUUCUGAGUCCAUACAACAGCCUUGUUUGUCUUCAUAGUACGUUUCUCAACAUUUUCUUCCACUACUGAUACUGUAUCAUACUCCUGUUUCAAGCUAAUUGCUUUCGGAUUUCCUUUUGUUUUUUUUUUGGUCGCUGAAAAUUAAACUAAGUUAGUUGGUUUCAUUUGACAAAUCAUCCA